AUUUGUUUUUAAUUAUUGUGAAGCGGAAAUUAAAUAUGGAUCUCUCGGUGUUCUUCUACUAAUCUAAUCUUUAGCUUUGGUUCAAUCCAUCUCGCAAUUGUUAUUGUUGUGAUUUUUGGUUUCCGAUUUUGUCAAAUUUGUAUCCUGGGUUCUGACAAUUAGGUUUUAUUUGCUGCUCUGGUGUUUCCGGAGAAAUUCUCCCCUGGAAAAGUUAUUCACGGCGUCCUUUUAUCAGAUGGUUCUCAAUUUCGUACCGAUGCAAUGGUUAAUUUGAUUUGAUUUAAGUCUUUCUACUAUUCCUGGGAUUUUGUGAGCUCGAAACUUUUAUGUCCAUUAAUUUUGCUAAUCCAAUUUCAGGUCUAUUUGCAUUAAUAUUGUUGCUAGCUUUUUUUCGGAAUCUGUGCAAAAAUCGGCAUUCUUGUAAGUGUAGUUACCAUUUUCUGAUUCAUGUCUCACGAUAUCUUGUACAUGACUGGCACUGGAAUAGUACAUUUGUAUUUAUAUCACUGCAGUGUACAGACACUGGAUGGUGAAGUAGUGGAAGCUUAUGAGGUCAGAAUGUGGAGGGAGAGAUUUACCGAUAAGACAUGUCUUGAGAAAGAGCAAAAUGAUCCUUGGAUUGCUCGAAGGAAUUCCCACGAUGUACAAGGCUGAAAAUUGCAAUGAAAGUGAUUGUCCAGUCUUUGCGCCAGGCAAUUUUCCAAAAGAUGAUGAGUUUCGUUUUGAGAUUGCUUUGAUGGAUUUCCCAAAAGCCAAGAUUGCAAAUGAUGAUUUGGGGGUCAUCAAGAAGGUGGUUUGGAAUACAGCUGAACCCUCCAUUUAUGAGCAUAGAUCUCAAGUGGGCCAUAAUUGCAGAGAGAUUGGGCUUCAUGCUGGUGAUUAGAGAUCUCUUGUGGAUCCCUUUCACUUAAGCAUUCAGGCAUAUAAAGGUGAGCUUGAACACAAACAGGACAUACUUCAAUUUUUCUUAUUGACAGUAUCUUCUUGGCAAGUAAGAGUCAUACUUGGAAACAAUAUAGGUAUUGAAUGCUUGAUCACUCUGUGAUUGAAUUGUCUUCUUUCUGGUACAUGGCUGGUGGCUUUUGCACAACAAAGUAGGGCUAACAGUUCCUGCUAUUGUUGCCAAUUGCCUUGUGUUCUUGAUAGGGUAAGUUUUGAGUGAUGGGUUUUUCGAGAGGCUAACAAACAAAACCAUAUCCUUUGAGAAGAACCCAAAAACACAUAUAUUUACCCCUCCAGUGGUCGUUGGUGGGAAAGUAAUACCAGUAUGAUCUUUUUCUCCUUCACUAGUUUCUUGCUUGGUUACACCGCCUCUAUCUUUGAUUGUUCAUCAUCUUUGGGAAUGGCGAAGUGAAUUCCGCAAUGAUACAAUUUCAGUAACUUACACAUGGGAAUUACAAGGCACUGUGAUUACCUUGGCGACUUGAUGCUCUCUCUCUCUCUCUUUCUGUUUCGCCGGGGCAAUAAGUUCUCCAGUUCCAUAUUUGAUAUUUCUACCCGUUAUACCUCCUGAUAUUGUUGAUAUGGAGAGAACGAAGAGACGAGGUUCGAUGUGCAGAGACUUGCUUGGAGGAUACUUCCUUAAGUCUAGUAAAGUAGUAAGUAUUAACUGUCCAAAGUCCUGGAUCCUUCGAGUUUCAUCCUCUUAUGUUAUUUUUCAUAUUCUUGUCUCAAUGUGACAUGAGAAGAUUCCAGUUUGGCCUUUUAGCAAUGUUUAGAUUGAGAUACUUGGAGAGUACGUUUAAGAAUUAUACUUCUAUUCUUCUUAUUA